CGGGGUUUUCGCGGGAUACUAUAUGUGGAGAGAGAGACCUGAGGGGGAGUAAGAUCGGCGAGAACAGGAGAGAGGCGCAGUCAGACAGUCAGGCAGGCCGCCCGGCAAGCAACUAAGGCAGCCAGUGCAGCAGCCAAGACCACUAGAUCCGCUCGGCUUACCGACUUACGAGACUUAAGCCGGCAGGCAGUCCGAGAGGCUCAACUGGCUAAGCCUAGACGACCCGACCCACCAACUCUCUCGACAAACUCCACCACCUACUAUACCUAACAUCGUCAGGCCAUCUCCUACGACCUACCUGAUAUAUUUUUCACCUCUCCCUUGACCGCGUGUGCGUUAAGGAGAGCAGGAGCCGCGUAACCUUAACCUCGUGAUCCGUGCUCCUUAACCCCAUAUUUCAAAAAAACCAUCAUUUGAUUUUUCAUUUUCCAAAUUGGGAUUUUGCGCGCUCUUGUUUUCAAAGUAGUCAAAGGGGGGAGAAGGCACGUGACGGUAUUCUCGCGGACAACAGGGAGACACAACGGGUUUUAUCUAGUUGUCCAAUUGCUGAUGGCGAGCCUGAAGCACGUGUUUAUUGUUCGGUGAUAAGAGAUGACACAGUGAAUAAUCGUUUCUCGAUUGUGCCUCGUCGCGAAUUCAGUGCUGAACGGACUUUUUCGAUUUUGAAAAAAUAUUUCCGAUAUGAUUUGUGAAAAGUUGUUGAUUGUGGUGGUAAACUCAAAUUGGUGAUUAGUGAUUCAAUCUGUAUCCGCAUAAAUUCUUUGUUAUAGAAAUUUUCUCGGUGUUGGGAUUAUGAACAGUUGUGGUUGUAGCGAAGUUGGGGAAUAGAAAAGAGAUAGUGUUUUUGUAUACCGUAUCAGAUUUAAUUUUGUACCAUAUCAGGUUGUUAGAGAAGAAUUUGUGAAUAAGUUAUUGUCUCGCUGCUGCAAGAAGCGAAAGAUUAGAAGAAAAGGGAAAGAAAGGUUUUUGAAGAAAAAAAUUUGUAGAAAGUAAAGCUUUUCAAAGAGAAAGAUUAGAAGAAAGUGCAAUAGAAAGAAGAUUGCACUUUUUGAAGAGAGAUUGUGCAGUUGAAGAAAGAUCAAUAACAACUGCGAUAGAAAGGAGAAGAUCCUUAAGUGCAGCAGAAAGACAACUAUUCAAAAGUGCAGCAAAAAAAAGUACAUCUAAAAGUAGAGGAGAAAGAAAAGGGUUAUUCGAAAAGUGCAGCAGAAAGAAGAGCAUCCAAAAGUGGAGCAAAAAGAUAAUCCUUCAAAAGUGCGACGGAAGGAAAAACAUCCAAAAAGUAGAACAGCAAAAAGAAGAUCCAAAAGUACAACAGAAAGAAGAACAUCUAAAAGUACAACAGAAAGAGAAACAUCCAAAAGUACAACAGAAAGAUAAACGUUCAGAAGUGCUGCAGCAAAAGGAACAUCCAAAAGUAAAACAGCAAAAGGAUUAUCCAAAGCAGAAGGAGGAUCAUUUGAAAGUGCAAUUGAAAGAAGAAAAUCCAAAGAAAAAACCAAAUAAAGAAAAGCAGAAAGAAGUAGACAAAAGAUCCAAAGUACAACUGAGGAUAGAAGCAGAAAAAAUUAAGGAAGAAGAAAAGGAAUUUAAAAACAAACUAAAGAGAUCGUGCAAUAAAAAUCUUUUAAUUCUUGUAUUGACAGAGCAUUCGAAGGUAGAAGAGUAUUAAAAAUACCAAACCAAAGAUUUUGUUGAACCAAAAACAAAGAUUUUGGCAAAAACUGUAAAAUUGGAGAAAAUUAAGGAUUAGAAGCAUUUACCAAGAGUCAAGAGAUUGAAACAAAAAUUUUAAACGUUUGAACCAAAAUAUGCUGGUGUAACAGUUGCCCGAGAUUAAUUUGACACAAAUAAAUAAUUCUCUAGAACAAGAUUUAUAACUUUCUUGAAAUCUAAAGUUAAUUAUUUUCUAGAAACCAAACUUAAAUAGUAUCCUAAAAAUAAUCCACAGUAUAAAUUUUCCAAUCUACCAAUUCACACACUUGAUAAGAAUCGGUAAGAUCAUUAACUAAAUCGGAAAAUUUAAGAACUUGCAUUCCGUUAGGACAACCAGAUACUAAUAAUAAAUUAAGAAGACCUAAUUAUAAACUUAAAGAGCUAAUAAUAAUAAUUACAGAAUAAAUAAUCAAGAGUGUGACAAGAUUGUCAAAGAUCUUUUGCCAAAGAGAAGUCGAUUUUUGCUAAAAACAAAAUCAAAAAAAAAAAAAAAAUGAUGAUGACAAGUGAUUGGUGAAGAACGUGGGGUAAAAAUCAAUCGAGUAGGAUAUUUCGGUGAAGUGGUUGGAAUCGUCGGCACGACGUUAACGUUUUACAGUAUGGAGCGCGGCGAGGACGGGAGCAGCCUCGAUCUCGCCGGCGGCACCGGAGGCAAUGGAGAACUUUGCCUCCAGGAUUUAGUUGGUGGUUCAGCACCUGGAUUGUCGAUUCAACAUCAGCACGUGGCUGCCACAAUGGCUGGCCUUCAUCCCGAUCACAUUCAAGGUGCAAUGCAACAUCUCAACAUUCAAAAUAAUCAUCAUAAUGCUUCAAUGUUGCACAGCAGUAAUCAUCAGGGACAUCCCGAUUCAUUGGAGAAACUAAAACUUUGGACCCAAAGUGACUUUCGUGACGAUUCAAAUGGAAGUCUCGCAAGGCUCGACUCGGGUCAUGGUGGUCACACCCCUGGUGGUAGUACCCCAAGCACUCCAGGUGCAACACCAACGACACCCUCAGGUGGGUUCUCGACAGCUCAAUCAAGAAGUCGUACGAACAAUUCCCAAAGGCAGGAUAUUAGAAAAGGUGUUCGUACGCCAAUAGAAGUGAAACAAGAACUUGGAGUUGGUAUCAAUGAUACGGAAGAUAAGGAUGGAAAGAAGAAUAAACGACAAAGGCGACAGAGGACACACUUUACUUCACAACAAUUACAAGAAUUAGAAGGAACUUUUGCGAGAAAUCGAUAUCCGGAUAUGACGUGCAGGGAAGAAAUAGCCAUGUGGACAAAUCUCAGCGAAGCACGUGUCAGGGUAUGGUUCAAGAACAGGAGAGCAAAAUUCAGGAAGCGUGAACGAGUGAUGGGUACAGCGGCACAGCAUGAAUUCCGACAAGCACUUGGUACAGGUUCUUUGAAUAGUUUCAUACCCCCAUCAUUUCCGGAUCCGGAAUCCUUGUACAAUUACAGUCCCUACAAUAAUUGGCCAAAGGUCCCGUCACCCCUGAACACAAAAAGCUUCCCCUGGCCCGUGAAUACUCUGGGUUCGGUUGUACCACCAGCGUCCCAUCAUCAUCACCAUCAAGUGAAUCCAGUCAAUUGCUUCAAUUCCGCGACAUCAUUGGCCGGAACUCACGUGAGUGGUAUGUCCAUGUCCGUUGGUCAGGCAGCAACAUCAAUAAUUCCAGGAAUGGGCUCAAGUUUAGGUGUCGCCAGUUCCCCUGUCGCGGCAACUGGAGCGACCUGUCCCUACGGACCACCGACUGCUUCCCAUCCAUACGGACCUCCAGUGUACAAUUCCCAUCACCGAACAACCGCUCCCACGGAACCCUAUACAACAAGUAUCGCAACCCUUCGACGCAAGGCCAAGGAGCACAGCAGUGGCUACUGCAAUAAUUUCAUCACAGGUGUGAGUAACAGCACAAAUACCGGAAGUAUAAGUCCGGUCAGCUCCAGGACAUCAUCAGGAGGUGGUUUGAGUGCCUGUCAAUAUGCUCUAACAAGCGGUACCACCAAUGCCCAUUCUCCAGUACCAGAACACGCGAACACAACAGCCAGAGCUCAAGUUUGA